GUUUUGAAAUCAGUCACCUGUCAGAGAGAGAGAGCAUGCCAGUGUGUGUUUGACUGUCAUUACAUCUCCUAUUCUAAGAGGCAAACCAUGUCUGGAACAAUGACAGAGAAAACUAAAGAAUCUAUCUUCAAGGGAGUGGAUGUCCACCCACAGGCCAACAACGUUAACCACCGCACCAGAGAAAUCUCCCUGACUCAGCUGAUAGUGAGGCGGGGCCAGCCCUUCAAACUGACCCUUAAUCUGAGGCAACCUUUCAACCCUUCUGUUCAGCCGCUCUGCAUCUCUGCAGCGACAGGAAAACUUCCGACUGAGAAACAGGGGACGUUAUCAUUCUUCGGUGUCCCAGAUGUCGUCAAACGAUCACCUUCAGCAAAGGCGGUGUGGAAGGUAGAGCUUGACAAGGGUUCCUCCACAACAACAGGCAACCUGAUCCUCACCGUCACCCCCCCGGCUGACACCCCCAUAGGGGAGUACACCAUGACUGUGAAGCACAGAGAUCAGGAAAUGGUUCUGGCAAAGCCUGUGGUACUCUUCAACCCCUGGUGUCCCAAUGACUGGGUGUAUCUGAAGGAUGAGAACGAGAUAAACGAGUAUGUGAUGAAUGAACAAGGAAUUAUCUACAAAGGAAGUAACAACUACAUUGACUCUUGUAACUGGGACUUUGGACAGUUUGAAGACGACAUGGUUGACAUUUGUUUGAGGAUGUUGGACCUCAACCCCAAAUACUUGAAAGACCCCGGUGACGAUGUCUCUGCUCGCUGUAACCCCAUCUAUGUCAGCCGCGUGGUCAGCGCCAUGAUCAACGCUGAUGAUGACCGUGGUAUCCUGGAGGGGCGCUGGGGAUGUUCAUUUAUAGGUGGGGUCUUACCCUCUCGCUGGACCGGCAGUUACGCCAUCCUUAAGCGCUGGUUCGUCAUCGGCUCCUACCCGGUCAAGUAUGGCCAGUGCUGGGUGUUCGCCGGUGUGAUGUGUUCAGUGUUGCGCCUGCUGGGCAUCCCCUGCCGCGUGGUCACUAACUACGAAUCAGCCCACGACAACGACAGGAGUCUGACCAUCGACGUGUACUACGCCGACUACGGAGUCAGAGAGAAACCAACCCAAGACAGUGUUUGGAACUACCACGUGUGGGUGGAGGCGUGGAUGAGGCGGCCAGACCUGGCAAAAGACGGCAAAUAUGACGGUUGGCAAGUUCUGGAUCCAACACCACAGGAGAAGAGCGAAGGUGUUUACUGCUGCGGUCCAGCCCCCGUCGUAGCCAUCCUGAACGGAGAAACAGACCUCAAAUAUGACACCCCAUUUGUAUAUGCUGAGGUCAAUGCCGACUGCAUCGACUGGCUGGUGAAAGCUGACGGUUCAAAAGUGAAUAUCUUCUCUGACACGGCGAAAGUCGGUCAGAAUAUCUCUACCAAGUCUGUCGGCUCCAAUAAGAGGAUGAACAUCACCGACAGCUACAAAUACAGAGAGGGAACAGAGAAGGAGAGGUCUGUCUUUCACUACGCCACCACCAGAGACCUCUCCAAAGUUGAUGAGGUUGAGGAGAGAGAGGAGGAGAAGGAGGAGAGGGAAAAGACAGAGGAGGCGGUCCAGAAUGGAGAGAUGAAAGGAAACAAGGCAGGAAAUGAGACCACAGGAAGUACGGAUGUAGUAACCCCUGUCAUCGCCCCUCAACCUCCGUCACCACCAAUGUCCAUGCAAUUUGAAGAGGUGACCCCACCAAAGUACUGUAAGGAUGUGAGAUUGAUGCUGGUGCUACAGAGUAAGAGCAGUGCUGCCAUGCGACUGUCCAUCAACAUCAGCGUCCAAGCCAUGACGUACAACGGCUCACCAGCUGGGACCAUCCAGACCGAGGUGAAGGAGGAGACACUGCAGCCUGGGAAAGAUCUCUCUGUCCCUAUCCAGGUCCCGUUCGCAGCCUACCACAAACUCAUGAUAGAGUGUGACAACAUGAAGGUUUCAGCCAUGGUCACGGACAAAGAGAAGCCAGAUAACACAUACUUGGCUGUGCAUGACGUCGUGCUGCUUGAUCCUCCUAUCACCAUCACGGUUUCUGGUACAACCAGACUGAACAGAGAGGCAGAAGGGGAGGUGGUUUUCAUGAACCCGGUCACCGAGACGCUGAAGGAGUGUACUCUGACUAUCUCUGGAAGUGGCCUGUUGAAAGAGGACAUUGAAGUCAAGAUUCCAGAUUUGAAGAGAAACAACCGAAUAUGUGUCAAGUUCCCCUUUGUUCCCUACAAGCCCGGAAAGAAGACGGUCGUGGCCAACUUUGACUGCUCCACCUUCAGAGACAUCAAGGGCAGCUGCACUGUCGAUGUAAAGCUGUAAAUUCUCUGUAUCGCUGAGUAAGAGUCCCACACGUUGUAGGUUCAAGUUUGUAUCUUUAUCCUUUACAGAGAAAGGUAGCUGCAGUCAGUUUGGAUUUACAAUGGUGACUUACAAAGAAAAACCCAUAAACCAUUGAAACGUCCAGCAGAGCUCUACUUACUGUAGUUGUGUUCACAGCUUUCCUGUGCAAUGAGGGAUUAAUACCAACAUUUUAGGUGCACUUACUUUCAGUUUAACCUGUAAAUAAAGUGCUUUAGAUCAUCUGGAUUACAUGUGGAUAUACUUGGACUGCUCUGGUACUGUAUGUUGCCCUGUUGGACUUUGCUUUAGUGAUGUUGCUUUGUUCCCAGAUCUCAGAAAUUGCCCAGUUGAGUAUAAUGUUACUAUAAUCUCGCAUUGCCAGACCUCUCUCCACAGCGCUGGGUAGGAAGGUCUGGCUCCUCCACACAUUUCUUUAAACCAAUCACAAUCAGCAUUUUAAUUGUGUAGCUUGCUAGCUCAAAGUUUGUUGUUGUUCCCUGAGUGAAGGGAUUUUGAGAACAGCAACACACAGAGAGCAGAAGGUGAGUUUCAAAGCCUGACCUGGCAUGUCAGGCUUUAUCCUGGAAAUGUACUUCUGUUGAUCCAGACUAAGGUUACCAUAACCAAAGGAAAAGUUGCAUAAGGAUGAGAAAACCAACCCCCAAGUUGUUAUAAACCAGAGUCGUCCUUUAAAUCUAGAAAUGUUGGUAUAGCCCACAUACACUUAAAUAUAACACAAUUAAUGAUAUUUGCUCCAAUAAAUACGUUUUUAUUUUACAUAUUGAGGCACAGAUUGGAUCUUAUUGAGGCUGUUAAUAAGUGUGGCUGUCUCUUAAAGGUCUGAGUUAGAGCCCAACUGACACUGAAUGGUGGAGGUGGUAUACUGAUAACUUUCUUACCAAAGAUAUGCAGUGGAAACAGUAUUUUACGCUUGAACAAAAUAUAUAUUCUUAAAAGACUCGUCACCAAUAGAUCUACUCAGUUAUGACACUGCAGUGAUUUUGGAAUCUGCUGGAGAAACAGUGUAGAGCUGAUGCUGUCUAUAAAUGACUUUACACACACUUUAGCCACACAUACACUGAUAUAAAAAUGUGAUGAACCAGUAGCCUGCAGUACAUUUAGACUGGUGGUGCCACUUCAGGUACAACAUUUUAUCAGGAAAUCAUGUCAAGGUAAAGUUUACGUAACUAUAGAAUGCACUGACAUUCAACAGAGGAGUAUACUCACUCCACUGUUGUCUCAAUUUGUUAUGUUCAGGGUCAAAUUUAAACUGCAGUUUAUCUGCACCAAAAAAAUGAAUGCGCAUGCUUGGUCUUGUGAGCUUGUGGCUAAUGGACUGGAUAAAAAAAAAUGGUUUUAUUGAAUAUGUUGGCAACACGCACAAAUAAAAUUUUAUUGAAA